AUGAGCAAACAGAUAAAACUUUCGGGUUUUUUUAAGAAGACGGAUAUUGAGAACGUUAAAGCAGGAUUUUCUACCAGUGAUAGCACAAUAUUAACUCAAACUGGUCCUAAAAGAAAGGCUGCUAACCAUUUUAUCUCUGAAAAUGAAGGCCUAAAUGAGGAUGUUUUACAUGCACUGGUUAAGUCCUACAUUAAAUCGCUUCAAGAUUACUUUGAGAAGUACUUCCCUGCUGAUACAGAUGUGAGGAAAAAUAAUCUGUGGGUGAUUGAUCCCUUUUUAGCUAGCCACGAUAAUAAUCUGUCUAUUCAGGAAAAUGAACAGCUUAUUGAAAUUUCAUCCGAUGAUCAUUUAAAAGUGAUAAAAUCUCACUGCGAAAAUGGUGCAGAUUUUUGGAUAGGAUUACUUCAUGAAAGUCCACUGCUAAGUGAAAAAGCAUUGAAACUUCUUCUUCCUUUUUAUUCCACUUAUCUCUGUGAGGUAUCAUUCUCAACAUUAUAUGUCAUCAAGAAUAAACACAGUAAUAGGUUGCUAAAUUUGAAUGCUCCUAUGAGACUGGCGUUAACUUCUUUCAAGCCAAAUAUUGAGAAACUUUCAAGUAAGAAGCAAGACCAAGGGAGUCAUUAA